AUGUCGGGCGGAUUUUCCUUCAACCCGCCAUCGUCCACUGGAGCUUCCAGUGGUGGGCUUUUCGGAUCGAAAACACCGACGACGACAACAACCGGUGGCAGCUUGUUUGGGGGUCUAGGAGGUGCUUCAUCUCCGUCACUAUUCGGCACAGCCAACCCUAGCUCUGGACAGAACAAUCCAUUCGGUGCAAAGACAACGGGUGCUGGAAGUGGUGCCAGUACUCCUGCUUUCAGUUUCGGUGGCACGGGCUCUCCGUUCGGUGGAUUAAAUCAAACUCCAAAUAAUAAAACCACAGAGGCAGCCGCUCCUGCUCAGACACAGACAGCUGGUAGUUUGUUCGGUGCGAAGCCCAGUGGAGGUGGCGGGCUCUUCGGCAGCAAUACUCCAGCUCAGGCAAAAACCGGCUCAAAUAUGUUCAGCACAACACCAGCAAAUCCACCUCCCGGUGGUGGUACUACGGGUUCGGCGCCAUCUCUCUUCGGUGCUCAACCCGCUCAAAAACAACUGCCUGGUGGUGGAUUAACUUCACAAGCAGCAACUACUGCAACUACUUCACCUACUACGACAUCUCAGCCAUCCGCCGGUGGUUUAUUUGGACAAACUACUGCCGCUACCGACAAGCCACUUUUCGGUGCUGCGCCUUCUACUACAGGUGGAAGCGCUCUUUUUAGUGCUGCUAAGACACCAGCGACAUCAGAGGGCGGGGCCAAGUCUCUAUUCGGCACUGCGACGGCAUCUCCUACUACUACCACACAAGCACCACCCAGUUUCUUUAAGCUCCCUACUGCCAAUGCUGGAGGCAAUGCAUCUGCUUCUCCGUUUGGUGCUCCUGUUGCAUCCGCGUCACCAUUACAACCCUCAACAACGGCCGCCUCUGAAGCCACUCCUCAGAAAAGUCUAUUCAAUUUAGGUGGUACAACUUCUACUACUCCCUCUUCAACACCCGCGGCUGCUCCGUCACUUUUUGCUGCAAAGCCGGCAGCGACUACUGCAACUAGCACACCGGCAGCAACGGCACCGGCAACGACAGCGCCAAGUGGUGGACUUUUUGGAGUCAAACCAGCAGCGACAACUGCAACUACAACCACGGCGACACCGACCACUACAACAACAACUGGCGCAGCCACUACUACUGCUGCUGCUGCCCCCUCAGUAACUGCUCCAAUAGCUGCUCCUAGCGGCGCUCCCAAAGCAGCGGCACCGAAUCUUGGAGCUUCGACAUUUGGACCCACGCCACCUGCUCAGUCACGUCUGAAGAACAAAACUAUGGAUGAAAUUAUCACACGAUGGGCAACCGAUCUUACAAAAUACCAGAAGGAAUUCAAGGAACAAGCUGAGAAGGUGGCAGAAUGGGAUCGCAUGCUUGUGGUCAAUAGUGGCAAGGUGCAGAAAAUAUUUGGAAACACAGUUGAUGCAGAGCGUGCGACGCAGGAAGUUGAACGUCAACUUGCGUCGGUGGAGGGGCAGCAAGAGGAGCUGAAUGCAUGGCUCGAUCGAUAUGAGCGGGAGGUUGACGAGAUGCUGUCGAAGCAGGUUGGACCGGGCGAGGCUCUGCAGGGACCUGACCAGGAGCGCGAGAGAACUUACAAACUCGCGGAGAAGCUUUCGGAGCGCUUGGACGAAAUGGGCAAGGAUCUUGGAAGCAUGAUUGAGGAAAUCAACAAUGCGUCGUCUACAUUGAGCAAGACCAACAAGACUGAUGAACCUAUCUCUCAAAUCGUCCGAAUCCUAAACUCACAUCUCUCCCAACUUCAAAUGAUCGACCAAGGCACGGCCGAGCUCCAAGCCAAGGUCAGUGUAGCACAAAAGGCAGGACAAGCAUUAGGCUCGCGACUGGGUGGUUAUGGACAGAAUGGAGGCAGCAUUGGAGUUGGGGGAAGUGCAGCUGAUGACUUUUAUCGGUCGUACAUGGGCCGCCGAUAA